AUGCACCUUGUUUUACCAUACCUUGACCCAACCCAGUCCGACACCAGUUCGAAUAAGUCUCCUUCAAAUCCUUCCGAGACGGACUUCUACGGUUACUACUACAAGUUCCUUAACACCCAUUUCCCUCCUGAUAGCAACUUUAAGCCGGCCUCACAAUGGGCGGCUGACUCCCCAUCGCAUGUCUUCGGGGCUGGCGUCGGUUACAACAUCCAGGGAGCGUUGAGAUUCCGAUAUUCUCGGACGACGGAGAGGAUAAAGCUCAAAUGUUUCAAGUCGUUGGAGGAGAGAUCAAGCGAAGUUGUGCGACUCUAUGAAGGAGGUGGUGCAUUGCUGGUACAUACUAAGUUGCUUGUCGACACAUGUGCUUGUCUUGGGGGUACAGCACCACGAACAAAUCAGCUUCCUUGCACUGUGGUGAAAAGAGAACAUUUCAGUUCUUCGACUACCCAGACCAUAACCAUGGCGGUCACUCACGAUUUCACGUCUGCUCCCAAACCGAAGAACGGCAGUUCGGUUCGCUUUGGUCGUGUCGAGUCGUCGUCAUCAGCUCCCUCCAUUCUGUAUCGCAUGACGCCUGCCAUAAGGGAGUUGAUAUUGGCCUCAAUCGUACGGUCUCCUGUGGACGAUCGAGUCAGCCAGCGAGAGCCCGCCGAGCGGGUGUGCAUCUGUGCGGAGAAAAGCAGGAAGCUCGAUAGUCCAUGGAGUGUCGCGCCUCCCGAUAUCCUUCUGCGUGGCGAGCUUUUCGUCCUCAAGAAUUUCUGUCAGUGCCAAGAAGUCAUGUUUGCCGAAUUUGCGUACGAUCCCCAGAGGAAGACAAGCAGCAGCCAGGCCUUUUCUUUCAUCCACGACGCUGCGAGCCGACAUCUGCCCACCGCCUCCAUUAAUGACACUGCUGUUGCCCCCCUCUCGGAACGUACCCCCAAAACGUCCACCUCUCGCAGCAGCCAUGCUACGUAUGUCGACGUAAACUUAUUCAGGGACGUUUUGGCCAAGUCCGGCGAUCGCUUGGGUCAGCUCGGUUUGGAUGGAAUGGCUUUUGAAAAUGUGUGA